UCAGCUGCCAGCUCUGCAAUGGGAGCCUCCGCCGUUGCCGCGGUGUAGGUUUUCGUGCUCCUCCUUUUCCUCCUCCUCUUUCUCCUCCUCCUCAGGGCCCCAGUCAGGCCGAUCCGCUCCGUUCACGGUUUGCUUUCCUUUUGAGAAUUAGAAAAUUGAAAAUGGCAGAACUCUUUAUGGAAUGUGAAGAAGAAGAGUUGGAACCGUGGCAGAAGAAAGUAAAAGAGGUUGAGGAUGAUGAUGAUGAUGAGCCAAUCUUUGUUGGAGAGAUAUCAAGUUCAAAACCAGCAAUUUCAAAUAUUUUGAAUAGAGUAAACCCCAGCUCAUAUUCGAGGGGAAUAAAGAAUGGCGCACUCAGUAGAGGUAUUACUGCUGCAUUCAAGCCUACAAGUCAGCACUACACGAACCCAACAUCAAAUCCAGUGGCUGCCUCGCCAGUAAAUUUUCAUCCUGAAUCUAGAUCUUCAGAUAGUUCUGUUACUGUUCAGCCUUUGUCUAAACCUGGUUACAUAGCAAACUCAUCACGAGUUGCAUCUAGUAAUUCUACAGAGUUACUGUUUGACUUGACCCAGGAUACAGGAUUAUCACAUUUCCAUGGUGGACCAACACUUUCUUUAGCAGGUGUGAAUGAAAGUUCAUUUUUAUCAAAACGUCCUUCUACUUCCGAGGUGAACAGUGUUAAUCCAAAAAAGCCUAAACCCAGUGAAAGUGCUUCUGGAGCAAAUUCCUCAGCUGCAUUUCCUUCAGCUAAAUCUCUUUCAGUGACAUCUCCCCAGGCUAUGUCAUCAAAAGGUACAAAUACCUCAUCAAGUCAAUCUAAAAAUGGCACGCCUUUUCCAAGAGCUUGUCCAAAGUGCAAUAUUCAUUUUAAUCUUUUGGAUCCUUUGAAAAAUCACAUGAAGUAUUGUUGUCCAGACAUGAUAAAUAACUUUUUGGGACUGGCUACAACAGAAUUUUCAAGUACAGCAAAUAAAAACAAGACUGUUGAUUCAGAGAAAGGAAAGUUGAUCAUGUUGGUUAAUGACUUUUAUUAUGGAAAGCAUGAAGGAGAUAUCCAGGAAGAACAGAAGACUCACACAACCUUUAAAUGCUUCAGUUGCUUGAAAAUUCUUAAAAAUAAUAUUAGGUUUAUGAACCACAUGAAACACCAUUUGGAACUUGAGAAGCAGAGCAGUGAGAGCUGGGAAAACCACACCACCUGCCAGCACUGCUAUCGCCAGUUUCCCACACCAUUUCAACUGCAGUGUCACAUUGAAAGUACACACACCCCCCAUGAAUUUUCUACCAUUUGCAAAAUCUGUGAAUUAUCAUUUGAAACAGAGCAUAUUCUCUUACAACAUAUGAAGGACAAUCAUAAACCCGGUGAGAUGCCAUAUAUUUGCCAGGUUUGCAAUUAUAGAUCAUCAUCAUUUUCUGAUGUAGAAACUCAUUUUAGAACAUCCCAUGAAAACACUAAGAACUUGCUAUGUCCAUUUUGCCUCAAAGUUAUUAAAAUUGCAACACCCUAUAUGCAUCAUUAUAUGAAGCAUCAGAAAAAAGGAAUACAUCGUUGUACAAAAUGCAGACUGCAAUUUUUGACAUGCAAAGAGAAAAUGGAUCACAAGACUCAGCAUCAUCGAACAUUUAUAAAACCUAAACAGCUAGAAGGAUUACCUCCUGGAACAAAAGUUACUAUUCGAGCUUCAGUUGGACCUCUUCAGUCAGGAUCUUCAGCUACACCUUCUAUUAGUGCAAACACUUCUACCCUUCAGGUCUCACCUCCAAGGACAAAAAGUGUAACUGCUAAAAAUCCCACAAAAUCUAACACAAGUAAACUUAAUACAACUAAAUCUAAUGCAAGUAAACCUAACUCAAGUAAGCCUAAUGGAAGUAAAUCUAAAUUGAAAUCAAAAAUCUCUAAUGUGCAAAAAAAACAAAGCACUUUGGCUAGUAGCAAUAGAAAAAGUAAAGUCAAUACAGCUUUGAGGAACUUAAGGUAUCGUCGGGGAGUUCACAAGUGCAUUGAGUGUUGUUCUGAAAUAAAAGAUUUUGCAAACCACUUUCCUACAUAUGUCCAUUGUAGUUUCUGCAGAUAUAACACUAGCUGUAGCAAAGCCUAUGUAAAUCAUAUGAUGAGCUUUCACAGUAACCGUCCAAGUAAAAGGUUUUGUAUUUUUAAGAAGCAUUCAGAAAAUCUCAGGGGCAUUACUCUAGUGUGCCUUAAUUGUGAUUUCCUAGCUGAUGUUUCUGGCUUAGAUAAUAUGGCUACGCACUUGAGUCAGCAUGAAACUCAUACUUGCCAAGUUGUAGUAGAGAAAGUUUCUGUUUGUAUCCCAACUUCUGCACAUCUUUCUGAAUUAAAAAGUGAAGCUCCUCCCACUAAGGAACAAAAACCGGUGUCUGAGGAACUUGCAAGACCUAUUAUGGCGGAAGAAGAAACAGAAACAUCAAAUUCUGAAAGUCAACAUGAUAAAGCUUCUUCUUCAGAAGAAAAAAAAAGUGAAUGUGAUGCAAAUUCAUUUGAAGCCCCAUCAGCAACAAAAAGUGAAGAAAGCAUAAUAGUUUCAGAUAAAGAAAAGGAUAUCUGUCUUGAAGACAAGGAAACUGGCUCAAAGAAUAUCUUCAGUUAUGAUUCAAAUAUUGGUGAGGAUAAAGUGGAAAAGGAAAAACAAAUUGAGCACAUUUGUCAAGAAACAGAGCUGAAAAUGUGUGAAAGUUCAGAAAACAUAAUUUCAUGUGAUCAGAUUAAAGAUCAAAACUCCAAUGAAGCCAGGUUUUCUUCAAAGAAUAUUAAGGAUUUGCGGUUGACAUCUGGUGAUGUUAGCAUUGAUCAGUUUUUGAGAAAAAGAGAUGAACCUGAAUCUGUUAGUUCUGAUGUUAGUGAACAAGGCAGUGUUCAUCUGGAACCUUUGACUCCAUCAGAGGUGCUUGAGUAUGAAGCCACAGAGAUUCUUCAGAAAGGUAGUGGUGAUCCUUCAGUCAAGCUUGAUGAAGUAGUAUCUGAUCAAACAGAUGAUGUGCCUGGGGAAAAUAGCCCUAGCACAUCUGAGACAACAGUAGACCUGGCAGAUGAAAAAGAAAGAAGUUGAAAUUAGUUGUCGUUCUCAGUUUUAGUGUACAAAUGGUAAGAGCAUUUGGAACACUGCUGUCAGGUGAGCUCAGUGGUGCUUUAGAAGAGUUCAGAAAUAGAAAAAUAUGAGGGAGGUCAUUCGUACACCUUCUCUGAACAACCUACGUUAUUACAGAAAUUAGUUCAAUAAUAGCAUGAUGGUAUGGAUUUUCAAGAGGUUUUAAAACAUGAACAGGAUUUUAAUGAAAGUUUACAAUAGAAAAGCUUCAUUUAACAGUUCUCAAGGAAAUGGAACUUGAUUGCCAAUAUGAAUUGAUUAUUAGAAUAUUAGUUACAUUUAUAAAGCAUUGAAAAUUCCAUCAGUCCUAAGCUAAAAAUCUAUUACUUAUAUGUCCUUCUCAACUUAAGGGAAGAAAGUUGGAAACCACAUACCUUUUGGGAAUAAUUGAUUUAAAAUAAUGGCUAAUUGGCAUUGUUAAUGAAAGCUUUAUUUUGGGUAUGAUGCUGGUAAAUGCUUCAAGUGUGAAAUUAGUGAAGCUAUUGAGAAUUUGAAUGAACAUAAACUUAUUUUGGAUUUAAUAUAACAUUCCAGACUAUCAGAAGCAUGUAAACAGAAUAUUUGAGUCCAUGUACCUCCAUACAAGUGUUAGCCUGCCAGGCUGUAAGCUUACCUUAAUUAAACUUUCAGUGAAAGUGAAAUUAUUAAAAUAUAAAUUUAUAUUUGUGUUUUUUGUCAGUGUGAGCUGUGCAGAAAUCCCUUCAUGAAUUAGUUGUAUAAAGUAGAAAUCCAUUGUUGAAACUUCUGUAGCUAUUAUGCUUUUAAUAUUGUUUUAAUGAUCUUUAGAAAUAGACUCAUAAAAAUGGUCUGGAUACCAAACCAAAGUAUGAUAUAAUAUAGAUACUGUAAAGCAGCAAACUGAAAACAUGUCCUGGCAUGAACUCAGCCAUGUUUCAGUGACUUUUCCUUUAAUUGUAAAAUAGAGACUUCAAAUGGGACCUAAAGCAGUGAUGUGAAAAAUUGGUUUGGGAUAGUUAGUCUAAUUUAUCCAUAAGAUGGCCACUAAGUUGAUUUUUAGUUGUUUUUUAUCCUCUAGGAAAUAAAGAUCUAGAAAUCAAUAAGAAUAACAGUAGUCUGCUUUGAAGUACUAAUAAACUUUUAUUUAAAAUGCUACAUUUUUACUUCUUAAAACGUGCUUUGAAUUCUUAAAUUUUGUUUCACUGAAUAUUAAAUGUUUUAAAUGUCUAUUAAAAUUCUGCUGUAUAUAGUUUUUGAGUAAAUAUUUGUAAUAAAAUUCUGUCCCUGAAUAA